AUGGAGGGCACGUUAUUACUCACGCCAGCUGCGUUUAGAACCGCCACCCUAGCGCUCCUUCUGGCCGCAUGGAUCUACUUCCGUCGAAGCACUGCAUGGCGAGUUCUACCUGAAGGAAUGCCAUGGGUACCAGCAGAUCUACCGUGGACCAGAAAGUUUCAGCUGCCCUUCACAAGAGUCCGAGCACAUCUGAGAGACUUCCAGGGCGGCAGUGAUCUGGCCUAUGAGGGCUACAAGACGUACAACAAGGCCGGCAAACCAUUUGUAGUGCCUUCAUUCGUGACAUGGCAGCCGGAGGUGGUCCUGCCGCUAGCGCAGGUGAAGUGGUUGGUGGACCAGCCCGAUACUGUCACUUCGAUCGACAGGUGUCUCGUCAAGGAUCUGGAGUUCUUGUACACUGCACCGGCAGCCUGGCAGUUUACUCGGCCCUUCCAUGUCGAGGCGAUCAAUAAGUUGCGCCUGGAUUCAUUGGUGGAAGACAUCGCCGAGGAGGUGCAAGCAGGCGUCGACGAGCAGUGGGGCCUGGACGGCGAUGCGUGGACUGAGAUCAACAUCCACAGCACGAUGCUCGCCGUACUGGUUCGCAUCACUGCAAGGGUCUUUGUCGGCUCGCCUCUAUGCCACGAUGCUGAGUUCCUGGAGGCAGCUGCAAAUUUCAUCAGCAGCAUAUCUGGCAAGGCAAUCAUCAUCAGCUUCACGCCCGAGUUGCUUCGUCCACUCGUGGCCAAGUUCAUCACCAAAGGCCUGAAGCGCUGGAACGAGACGUGCGCGAAGCACAUGGUCCCUCUGAUCAAGGAGGAGAGGCUGCAUCGACGCCCAUCCGAUCAACGGACAAUGCCACCGCCGAAAACACUACUGGAGCAGCUCAGCCGACUUGCCGUCAGAAGCACGCAUGCCAAAGACAGGGACCCGUUCAGUCUCAGCUCUCGCCUCCUCGCACUGAACUUCGUUGCCGUCCACACCUCCAACCACGCCCUCGAGAAUGCUCUGGUGGACAUGGUUUCUCCUCCAGCAAGCACCGCAUCCGUCUUCGCAGAGCUGCGAGCGGAAGCGGAGGAAGUCAUGCAGCAGAACCACGGAACAUGGUCAAAGACGGCGAUCGGCCAGCUGGUGAAGACCGACAGUGCCUUGCGAGAGUCUCUCCGUCUCAACACAUUCAAAGCGCGAGGUGUGGAGCGCAUCAUCGUGAAGAAAGGUGGAGUGGUUCUGCCGUCCGGGCAAUAUCUCGCGGAGGGUACCAAGGUUGGUGUGCCCGUUCUGCCCAUCCACCGCGAUCCAGAGCUCUACGAUGAUGCUAUGUCUUACGAGGCAUUUCGAUUCUGCACGACGAAUGAAGUCGCUGGUGGAAAAAAUGGACGUACCGAAUCGCCUCGGAGAGCAGGACAUGUCGAGCUUGUCAACACGAGCGAGACGUUCCUCGCGUUUGGACAUGGUAGACAUGCAUGUCCCGGCCGCUUCGUGGCGGCAUACGAGCUGAAGCUCAUGGUGGCAUACAUUGCCAUGCACUACGACAUCGAGCCAUUGGCGAGCAGGCCGGAGAAUGGCAAGUUCAGUGACUUCAGCAUCGGGAGCAUGCACGAUAUCCGUGUUCGCAGGAGGAAGCCAGAGGAGUCGAAAUGA